UCUGGAGGCCAAGCUCCAUCAAUGGCGGCCCUUCUCCUCCUCGCUGUUCCGUUUCCAAUCCAAUCCCAUUUGCCACUGUUGUCCUCUAAAAGGACGAGAAUGGGCCUCGCCGUCACAGCGGCAUACGAGCUGAAGGAAGGGCAGUCUCGUAUUUUUCACCGGUUGCCGUCCGGGUUGCGGAUGGAGGCCAUCGUCCAGAGCCCACUGCCCGGGAGUGGUGUCUCCGGCUCGACGUUGCCGUUGGUAUUCGUCCAUGGGAGCUUCCACGCCGCUUGGUGCUGGGCUGAGCAUUGGCUUCCCUUCUUCUCCAGCUCUGGUCACCAUUGCUUCGCUCUCAGCCUCUUGGCUCAGGGUGAAAGUGAUGUUCCAGAAGGGAGUUCAUCUGCAGGCACUCUUCAGAUGCAUGUGAGCAAUGUAGCUGAUUUUAUCCGGAAAGAAGUGAACUUGCCGCCAGUCUUGAUUGGACAUUCGUUUGGGGGGCUCAUUGUUCAGUCAUACUUGUCUAGAAUGGAAAAUGAACGAGAAGAUUUGUUGCCAUUGCUUGCAGGUGCUGUCCUUGUUUGUUCUGUGCCUCCUUCAGGGAACAGUGGUCUAGUUUGGCGGUAUCUCUUCACCAAGCCUAUUGCUGCUGUCAAGGUGACACUCAGUUUAGCAGCAAAAGCUUUUAUGAAUUCUUUGCCACUUUGCAAAGAAACAUUUUUCUCGUCCACAGUGGAUGAUCACUUGGUUCUUAGAUAUCAAACGCUGAUGCGAGAAAGCUCAAAACUGCCAUUGUUUGAUCUGAGAAAGCUUAAUGCAUCUUUGCCCGUGCCCUCAAUACCAAAGAAUUCUGUAAAACUCCUUAUAAUAGGUGCAAGUGAUGACUUCAUAGUGGAUUUAGAAGGGCUUCAAGAAACAGCCAAAUUCUAUGAUGUGCAGCCAGUCUGUCUGGAAGGGGUUGCCCAUGAUGUGAUGCUGGAUUUAAAUUGGCAAAAAGAUAUGAACAUGGAGCUAGAUUGGAAUAGUUACCAAAUUGCAUUCAAGUUAGCAUUCAGAAGGGGGAGAACAAAGGAAAGCAUGGCUCCAAAAGAACAAUCUCAAAACCAUCAAGAGAAUGUCAAAAGGUAAAACCAUUU